AUGAAUAGAACUACGGUGCCAAAGAGGAAGACGUCGGAACGCGCUUGCUUCCUUUGUCAAAAGGACAAUGUCACUUGUGAUGAGAAGACACCUUGCUCACGUUGUGUAGAGAGAGGCGCUCCUCAAAUGUGUUACUACACUCACUUUGAUAGACCGGUCAAACAGACGGGCACAACCUCCUCAGGCGGUGUAGCCGUCGCCAACAACAACACAGCCAACAACAACACAAACCCAUUUGUUCAAUCAAAGAACACCCAACCAUUCACAUAUACUGGUAGUGACAUUAUAAAGUAUCCUGUAAGUAGUCGUCGCCUCAUCAACAAUGAUUUCAUUAUGAAUGAGUUGCGCGAUCUGAAAGAGGGACAGAAGAAGAUAUAUGACGAGCUGUUGUAUCUACGCGAGAAGAACAAGAAGCUUGAACUGGUCAACGAGUCUUUGCUGAGUAAGCUCAGCUAUCUAAACAUCAACAGCGCUGUGCCCGCAAUGCCUGCGCCGGGCACUGUCAACCCGACCUUCAACAUCGAUGGCGACCACGCUAUCUCAUUCCCCAGGAACAUCAAAGAGAUCGUGGACUACUAUCAAAACAUCUUCAUCGUCUUUGAUACCUCCAAGAACCCGCCCACCGUCAUCGAGGCCUCCAAGAACUUCUGCAAGUUCCUAGGUUACACUCAAAACGAGAUAAUAGGCUUGCCUUGGACACAGAUCAUUCAUCCAGCCAACAUCGAGGUGACAAUGAACCUCUUCAACAGGAACUUCAUUGGCAGCUCUGUUGAGAUACCUCAACUUUAUAGACACAAGAAUGGCGCUGCGAUAUUCAGCACCAUUGACAAUCAUACAUUCAUCUUUGGAUCGGAGGGUCGUCCGAUAUGCGACGUGGUCAAUAUCAAACUGAUCAGCCCGGAUAUCCUCCCCACUGAUCUGUUCUAUCCAUCGGGUAGACAACAAAAGAAGAUCAUGAACAAGCCAUCCAUUUCAAUUGACCAGAGCACACCGCCUGACACACCUAUCAUUGAUUCGCACUCGACAGGGCGCAUUUACGAGGCACCCUCGACGCCCAUGGUCGAUGGCAGCAGCAGUCAACCAACGACACCAAUGGACACACAUAUGAAUAGCAGCAACAACACAUCAUCAUCAGCCCAUGUAUAUACUCCGACCAAGACACAUCACGAUCCCAACAGCAAUCGCAUCAACAUGCAUCCAAUGACGACGACCACAACUACAACACAGACGACACCAAACAACAACAUCAUGUUUAACAAUCAUCCACCACCACCGGUCAGCAUCUCACAAGACUCUCCAAUCUUUACACCGACACUAGAGUCAACGACAACUCCUCCAACUCCCCACCAACAACAAUUACAACAACACCAACUACACAUGGCUGACACUGGCAACAACAUCAACAACAACAUUGUGGGAAUGGGCAACAGUUUCGAGAACAUUUAUAAUCACUUUCCAAACAUGUCAGACUUCCCCGCACAGAUGUCUUAUCCAGACUUGGUGGACAUUGACAGCAAUCACUUCUUUGGCAAUCCCAGUGGCGGUGUUGGCACAAUCCAAGACGGCAGCAACGAUGGCACAUCCAAUCUCUUGAACUUGGACUGGGCAAACAACAGCAACAACAACAUCAUCAAUGUCCCAAACACAUCUGCAUCCGACCAUCAGUUCUACAUGAACACUCCUACUUCACUCGACCACGUGGACCUGCAACAGCAUCUUCAGAAUCCACCUGGACAAUGA